UCAGCUCUGUUUCGCUUUGUGUGCACGAUGUGGCGGUGCAGUCUCUCGAUGUAUAUGUAUAAAAUUUUGUAAACAAAUAUUUUCGCAUCUUUUCAUUUCGGAUUAAUUUCAUCAUCUGAUCACAUAAAUUAUUUAUUUCAUCCUUUGUAGGUUUGAUAAAGAACUAAUUUCAAACAUUACUCAAAAUCAUGAGUGACAUAUCUCCCAUGCUUGAUGAUGAGGUGGAAGAAGGUAGUCCAAUGGGUGGAGGUACUUGUGAAGAUUCUUCGCCUGAGCCUAUGAUGCAACCCAGUGUUGAAUACGGAGAUGAAGUAGAUACAGAACAAAAUGAGGAAAACCAUUUUCCAUUUGAUAGUUUAGCAGUUGAACUCUAUGAAGCUCCUGAUGAAGAGAAUGCUUCCAGUAGUACUCCACAUGAAAAAAAUAAUUUAAAUGUAGCUGUAGAAACAUAUGGACAUCAAAAUGUGCAAAGUGUCAUUAGUACAGCAAGUGAUAAUGCAUACAAUGGUCAAGAAUCCACUAGUUCCGGAAACAUAUAUACAGAAAGUUCAAAAAGCUCUGCUGUUAAUUCAGUUUCUGAAACUGUUGCAAUAUCUGCCACAGAAAUCAAUCCUAGCACAAAUUUAUCUGAGUCAUAUCAACCAAGUAUAGAAAUGAAAGAAGAAUCUCCAGAAGCACCAGAACCUGAUUAUAAGGAACUUCAAAAGACGUAUAUAAAUGACUUUUAUUAUAGCAAUGUUACCCCCAGUUUAGAAGAACCUUGUGACACAGAUGAAAUAGUUGGAUUGCAGUUAUCUAGGUUUAACAAAAUUGUGAAAGCUGUAGAAUGCUGUGACUAUGAAACUCUUCAAACAUUAUACCAAUUGUUAUACCAAAGAAGUGCAUGGGACACUCAAGAAAUUUUGUCGCAAAGAAUAUUAGGAUUUUCAGGCUUCAACUUCGGAAAAAACUCGGAAGAUUAUUUCAACAGGGAAAUGAUGCUCAGGACGUUGCCUGAUAACCUUCUAGCGAAGAUUGCUACAAUGAUUAGUCUGGACCAAGUUAACUUGCUAAUGCUUGGUUUUAGCAAAAAUAAAAUGGAUUUAAUUUCAAGGAUAUUGGAUUUCUUAUCCAAGCCUCAAAAGAAGACUAGAGGGCCUAGAACAGGUGGUGCUGAAGAAGACGGUGUUGAAAAUGCAUCGGGAAAUCAGAGUGAGAAGUGUGGGUGUAGACACAGAUGUCUUCUUAAAUUUUCUGCUAAUGACAAAAAAAAUUUGUUAGAUUUCUUGCAAUUACUGAGAGAAAAAAAGAUGUUUGAUUCAUAUAUCAUUUCUUUAAUGACGUGCAAGAAAAUUGAGAGGAAGCCAUCUGAAGAUUAUAAAAAAUUAAAGGAAGUGUUAUACACCUACAAGGUAAAAAUGGCAAAUAAGGAGAUCAAUGCAUGCAAAGGUGGAUUUUGCUUGCUCCAUGGUAUAAAAAUGGGUAAACUUAAUCAGUUGCAAAAUAAAUUAAAGACUGGAAAAAAGCUACCGACAAAGUUGAAAGUUGAUUUGUUGCCACCAAUGCCUGCAAGUGAAAUUCCUGAUUUAGGUGAGACUCCAGGUGUUUCUAAAGUUAUUAAAAGGCAGUCUCCUGCUAAAAUGGAUUCUCAAGAGGAUCAAAAGUCAAAAGAGACGUCAGGGGUCAGAAAUGAGACUAUUAUGGAUAAUGAUUUGAAAGAGAAAAUAAAUUUAAAAGAUACUUCUAGUAGUUCGAGUGACAUGAAAGAUGAAGAUGAAGAAGAAGAUGAAGAUGAAAAAAAACUUAAAGAUUUCCCUCUUGUUGUAAGUAGUAUCGAGAAAGCUCCGGAAGAACUUCUGAUUGAUAUUCAUUUCCUACUCUUCCUCAAUAGUGCUGAUGUUGACAAAGUCAAGAGCAAUAUACUUGAAUUCAGUGGAUUUUCUUUUGAUGUUGAUACAGAAGAAAAUGAUGAACGAGUUGAGUUCUUACAAAGAAUGUCAAAUAAGAUAGUUGCUGAUGUUGCAAGAUCUUUCUCAUUAGCUGUAAUGCCAAAAAAAGAAGAUACAAUCAAAAAUAUUUUAUCCUUUUUGCGAAAACCAGACGAAAGUUACUUAAGAACUUCAGGGUCUGUUCCAGUUAUUUUAUCUGAUGUAGAACUAGAAUUAGAUGACAUUGAUGGAAUGUCCGAUUCUGAUGAAUCUAUAACUUGUGAAGUUGUGCAUAAAAAAGUAGAAUGUAUUGAUCUGAUAUCAUCUGGGGAAGAAGAUUCAGAUGAGAAAAGUGGUAAAGAAAAAUCAAAAGCUGGAUCACCAAGGAAAAAGACUGCUGCUCAGAAACAAAGUGCUCCCAAUAAUCCAAAUACUACCAGUUCUCAACCCGCAGCUGUACCUCAACCAGAGCCUGCUCCUAGUGCUCCAGCACAAGCGAAACAAAGAUGCCUAAGAGAUUUUGAAACAAUUUGUAAAAUAGUGAAUACUCAUCCUCAUGAAUAUCUUAUUGACAUAUUUGACCUACUGUACUUGAAAAAACAUGAGCCUAGUACCUUAAGAAAUGAUAUUCUUGAUUUUACUGGCUUCACAUUUGAGAAAGGAUCAUCAGAAUACAUUAAAAGAAAACAACUUUUAGACAGAAUGUUAUAUAAUUCAGUUAGAAGAAUAUACAACACAUUAAUUCACAAUACAACUGAAGUAAAAGUGUUUUCAAAACCAACUAUGAUAGGAGAAAUUUUCCAGUUUCUGUUUAAGUUACCAGAUCAUGACACAAGUGUCAAACACAUUCUUAACAAAACUCAACCAAAGCCUACGCCAGUCACAAAAGCUCCGAUUGUAAAAAGUACUGUUGGUUCGGCAGGAGUUGCACCUGUUCCAGUUCCUCCUACGUCUGUGCCGCAAGGAAAAUUAAGUGAUUUGAAAAGGGUGUUCCAAAGAGUGGCCUGCUUUCCUUGUGAAUAUUUAAUAGAUGUGCACAAAUUGCUAUUUAUGACUGACUGUGAUCCAAAAGUUAUCAGACAAAAUAUUUUUGGUUUUAAAGGCUUUUCAUUUAGUGCAGAUUCACCAGAAUUUCAACAAAGAAAAAUGUACUUGGAGUACCUAACAUUUCACAGUCUGAGAAAAAUAUCAAGUGUAUUAACUACAAGAUCAGUCGAUCUAAGAAAUUCCACCAAACAUGAAUUGGCAACUCAUCUGACUCAAGUAUUAGCUGAAUAUACUAACACUUAUGUUGAGACAGAACCAAUCGCUGCUCCUACCUUAAACAAUGCUGGUGCACGAAGUGGAAAGACACCUGCCACAUCAUCAGGAUCUGAUGUCGAAAAUAUAGUCAUCACACCAAUAAUUAUGGAGCCUAUGAACUCUAGUCCACCUGCUACUCCUGCAACAUCAGAAGCUAGCUCUACGAUUUCUUCUUCAUCUGAUAAAAAUGCUAAGAAUUCAGCUACAAGCAGAACCUGUGAUGAUACCGCAUUAUCAAUUUCUAUUGUUGAUGCUCGUUCUGUGACAGGAAGUGAUGCCGCAACUUCUGUCACAAGCACUUCACCAGUCAACACUAGUACGGCUAAUGUGACUUCUACAUCCUCAAAUCGGAGAAAACGGAAGCAGAACUUGGAUAGUCCAAAAAAAGCUUCUCCUACUCCAUCAAGACAGUCUAGUAGAAAACUUAUGAAAUUAGCCCCUAAUCCUGAACAAAAUCAGUUUGCUGACAUUAAUUUGCCAGAAAUCGAACAGUAUCGAAAGCUUUAUGGUCAGAACUUAAAUAUUUAUACUCCAACUAUGCCUGCCAUGGCUGGAAUUGCAGCCUUCAAUGCACCUGGUGUGGUUUCACAGCCAUUCCCUCAUAUGGUUCCUCAAACUCUACCAUUUCCAUUAAUGCAUUCUUACCAGCCAUCGUUGCAAGUCACAAGUGUACAACAAGCUAGUCCAGUGCUAGGAAUUCAGUCACAGCUAGAAAAUGCAUUAGCGAAAGGGAAGCAGAGUGAAGUUAUUGUGCCAGGGUCCCUGGAAUCUGACAGCUCAAAUGUAACUAAGGGUUCUUCUGAAAUUUCUUUGACUCCUGCAGAAAAGAACACUAAAAUAAGUUUAAUUUCAGAAAAAGCUGAAGAAAAAGAAGAUGAAGAAGAUUGUGAUAAACCCUUGUCAUCAUUGAUUGGACAUCCAAUAGAUAGUGUUUUGAAAAAACAGAUUCUUGAUAUUGUUAAACAAACAGAUCUUCAAGAUAUUACUAUUAAUGGUGUAAUUCAGAAAAUUUACAGUUUGUACCCAAAGUUUGAUUUAAGCUACAGAAAAGAAUUCAUAAAAUCAACUUUGAGAUCUAUAUUGUAUAGGUUAGGAGAUCAAAAUUCUUCUGAGAAAUCCAUCGUAAGAGACACAAACAGCCCUGAUUGUUCUGUUACAACUACCAAUAUUCCUGAUAAUACACCCGAAGACACUGAAUUGAUCUCAAGUUCAUGAUUUAGGCAAUCAUUGUAUCUUUUCCGACACAUGCAAUAUAUUACUACAUUCUUUAUUGGGAUUUUUUUCAUAUUUUACUGUGUAUAAGUGCUUCAUAAUUUAACAUUAGAGUGUAAUAAAGAUGACUUUUUUAUUGCG